GUUUUGUUUGUGUGAUCUCUCCAAAACUCUCAUCUGAUCUCUCCUCUCUCUUCCAGCUGUUUUCGUGAUCGAUUUACUAAGUUUACAGCUGAAUACAAAUUCACUGUAAAUCUUAAGAACCCUAGAAUACUUUUCUUUUAUUUCUUCUUCUUCUUCAAUUGUGAUCCGUCAGUAGUAGCAAUGCUUGAUCUUUGAAGUUUACUGGAAUUUCAAGAUCGAAUUAGGGUUCUGAUCUACUUGGAAUCACUCUGAUUUAUUUGGGUUAUUCAGCUCGAUCUCCAGCUGAAGCUAUGGCGCAGAGUAAUUGGGAAGCUGACAAGAUGCUUGACGUUUAUAUAUAUGAUUAUUUGGUGAAGAAGAAACUUCAUAAUACUGCAAAGUCGUUUAUGACUGAAGGGAAGGUUUCACCUGAUCCAGUUGCGAUUGAUGCACCUGGAGGGUUUCUUUUUGAGUGGUGGUCAGUGUUCUGGGACAUCUUUAUUGCAAGGACAAAUGAGAAACAUUCAGAGGCUGCUGCAGCUUAUAUUGAGGCACAACAUGGUAAAGCGAAGGAGCAGCAACUGCAAAUUCAGCAACUGCAAUUAAUGCGACAAGCUCAAAUGCAACGUAGGGACCCUAACCACCCUUCUCUUGGGGGUCCAAUGAAUGCUAUUGGUUCUGAAGGGAUGAUUGGGCAGUCAAAUGCUAGUGCUCUGGCUGCAAAAAUGUACGAGGAACGUAUGAAGCAACCAAAUCCAAUGAACUCUGAGACAUCCCAACCCCAUCUUGAUGCAAGAAUGGCCAUUCUUAAAUCAGCAACAAACCAUCAUGGUCAGAUGGUCCAAGGCAACCAUCAAGGAGGUGUUUCGGCAGCGCUGCAGCAAAUUCAGUCACGAACUCAGCAGCCCACUGAAAUCAAAAGUGAAGUCAAUCUGGGUACAUCUCCGAGACAACUGCCAGUGGAUCCUUCUACAGUUUAUGGCCAGGGAAUUCUGCAAUCAAAGCCUGGAAUGGGGGGUGCAGGAUUAAACCCUGGAGUGAGUGGUCUACCUUUAAAAGGAUGGCCAUUAACUGGCAUCGACCAAAUCCGACCAGGUUUAGGAGGCCCUCAGGUUCAGAAAUCUUUUCUACAAAAUCAAAGUCAAUUUCAGCUCUCACCGCAGCAGCAACAACAACAACAGAUCUUGGCUCAGGUUCAAGCGCAAGGAAAUAUGACUAACUCACCAAUCUAUGGUGACAUGGACCCUCGACGAUUUACAGGAUUACCUAGAGGAAACCUGAAUCCGAAAGAUGGCCAACAAAAUGCUAAUGAUGGAUCUAUAGGGUCCCCAAUGCAGUCAAGUUCGUCAAAGCAUAUCAGCAUGCCUCCAGUACAGCAAUCUUCUUCUCAGCAACAAGAUCACUUAUUAUCCCAGCAAUCACAACAGAACAAUCGCAAAAGAAAAGGGCCUUCCUCUUCUGGUCCUGCUAAUAGUACAGGGACAGGAAACACUGUUGGCCCAUCCAACUCACAGCCGUCGACACCUUCUACACAUACCCCUGUUGAAGGAGUUGCUAUAACUGGUAACAUGCACCAUGUGAAUAGCAUGCCAAAAGGACCAAUGAUGUAUGGUUCUGAUGGGAUUGGUGGUCUUGCAUCAUCAGCCAAUCAAUUGCUGCAGGAUGACAUGGGACAGUUUGGAGAUGUGGGAGCCCUAGAAGACAAUGUAGAAUCGUUUUUGUCCCAAGAUGAUGGAGAUGGAGGAAGCAUGUUUGGCACCCUAAAGCGGAACCCUUCUGAGCAUACCGAAACCUCUAAAGUGUCAGGUUUCAGUUUCAAUGAGGUUAGUUCUAUAAGAAAAAGUGCCAGUAAGGUCAUCUGCUGUAACUUCUCAUCUGAUGGAAAAUUGUUGGCUAGCGCUGGACAUGAUAAAAAGGUAUUUAUUUGGAACAUGGAAACACUACAUGUUGAGAGCACUCCGGAAGAACAUGGUCAUAUUAUCACAGAUGUUCGGUUCAGACCUAAUUCAACUCAACUGGCAACGUCAUCAUUUGACAAAACUAUCAAGAUCUGGGAUGCUUCUGAUCCUGGUUACUUCCUACGAACAAUUAGUGGUCAUGCUGCACCUGUUAUGUCUAUUGAUUUUCAUCCUAAGAAAACGGAGCUUUUAUGCUCUUGUGAUGGCAACAAUGAUAUCCGUUUUUGGGACAUCAACGCUUCUUGCCUUGGUGCUGUAAAGGGGGCUAGCACGCAAGUACGGUUCCAGCCAAGAACAGGACAAUAUUUGGCCGCAGCAUCAGAGAAUAUUGUGUCAAUUUUUGAUAUUGAAAAUAAUAACAAACGGGUCCACACUUUUAAGGGACAUUCCACAAACGUACAUUCUGUUUGUUGGAGCCCAAACGGUGAUUUGGUAGCAUCUGUUAGUGAAGACGCUGUAAAAUUAUGGUCACUGAGUACAGCAGAUUGCAUCCACGAGCUUAGUAACAGUGGAAACAAGUUCCACUCUUGUGUUUUUCACCCUAGCUAUCCCAAUCUCUUAGUCGUUGGUGGCUACCAGACACUGGAGCUGUGGAACACAAUGGAGAACAAGUGUAUGACGAUAGCGGCUCACGAGUGUGUGAUAUCUGCCUUGGCUCAGUCGCAUUCGACGGGAAUGAUGGCGUCUGCAAGUCAUGACAAAUCCGUAAAGAUUUGGAAGUAGAAAUAUCUCUAUGCUCUUCAAAAAGAAAAUACCAGAGAGCUCAGGACUUUUUUUGAGUAUAAUUCUUUGUUUAAUGUUUUACAAUUUUACAUCAAUAAGUUGGGUUUUUUUUUUUUAAUAUUUAUAAUGGGUUUGUUAAUGUCAAAAGCAAAGGGACUUGUGAUAAUUCGAAAUCUUUGUUUAAAUGAUCCUAGUUAUCUGUGGAUUUGUCUUCUUUC